GGAAAAGCAGAACAACAAAAGUUGCCUUCCUGCUCGUACGUACUUUGUUUCCUGUUUAUUUUGCGCAUACUCGACCUGCUUGAUCAUCAUCCACAAUGGCAGACUUCAGCAGCAUCGCCCAACAGUUCGUCCAGUUCUACUACAAGACCUUUGAUGAGGGCCGAGCCAACCUCGCUGCGCUCUAUCGCGACAAUUCUAUGCUCACUUUCGAGAAUGAUGCCAAGCUGGGAACUGCCGCGAUCAUUGAGAAGUUGACCGAACUCCCCUUCCAAAAGGUACAACAUCAGGUUGCAACCCUCGAUGCCCAGCCCAGCAGCGAAUCCGGCGGUAUCCUCGUCCUCGUUACCGGUGCCCUUUUGGUCGAUGAGGAGCAGAAGCCUAUGAACUACACUCAAGCAUUCCAACUUCUGCCCGACGGAGCAGGCAGCUACUUUGUCUACAACGAUGUCUUCCGUCUCAUCUACAGCGCUUCAUAGAUGUAUGUAAGGGAAAGAAUGGAUUUGGCUGUUUCUGAGAAUGAGCGAUGGAAGAAUUUUGAUUGUGCUAUAAAAUCUACACACAUCAUGCCAAUAUGACUCCUUCUCGAGUAUUUUAAUACAGACUCCAUGCGUUGACAAGGGUAUCAGGGAUCGUAGACAGGCUAAAUGUGGACAUUCAUUCACGAUUCUCUCUUUGAUCUUGCGCAAAUAAGUCAUUCCAAGACUUUGAAGCUGAAGCAAUGUAUGAAUCGGUCGCAAUUCUAGAGUCGUCCCGAGUGGCCUUACCUUUCCAGGCUACCGGAUUCCCC